CUCAGCUUCCCUCGUUCUUGUCUGUCCCUCUUGUCUGUCCCUCUUGUCUGUCUUUUCCCAUUUAUAGAUUCCUCUCAUUGUCCUCUUGCCUUUAACGCCCGCCUCAAUUUGACUUUCCCUACACAAAUCUCACUUAAUCAGCCAGGGCAAUCAUCGUUCGGGCUACUUUCUGGUUCUACCUCACUCAACCUACUUACUCCCUCCCUCCACUCCUAACUACAACAUCAAUACCGCAGAUAACAACAUGCUCCCCCCACCACCAGAGACAUGACCUCGCGCGAAGAUAAUGUCCUCGCCGCCCGCAAUCCGGCCUUGACUGACGAGAAUGAGUGGGAGGAAUUUAGCCUGUCUGAGGUCCGUGUUCUGGUCCCGGGUAAAUCCCGCUAUGCCAAUCUCCUCUCAGCCUCGCCGGAUUACCCUGUUCAAGUAACGGGGUGCUUGGAUGAGGUGGAGGAAGAACAGGAGUCUUUGGUGCUCGAUCCCGAAUACCUCACCAAACGCAUUGUCCUCGACAACGUCACGCACUACGCCUACGGCCAACAUAAUGAUGGGGAGGUCGGGUUCUGGGUCGCGGGGCGUGCGGGAUGGUUCUCCAUUUCCCCAGCGAAGGGCUACAAACCAAUGUUUAAUGAAGUCGUGGAGGCCAUCGAUCUGUUGUAUUUUCUAGCAGACCGACAUAAGCGGAAGAGGGGAAGGAGGAGGUUCGGAGGCCCCAGUUUGGAGUAUCUAUGUGAGGAGUAUGUCAGCCACACACAUGGAAUCUGCGAGGAUGCCGAUGACUCUGCCGAAGUGUUCUACAAGCAUCAUAGUUUCUUGCUAUCGCGGAUGUUGAAAGGCGAGGAGGAUGUGCAAUGGACGACAACUAGUAUUUUCAUCCAUCUAAGUGAAAAGUUUCCGGUGGACUACGAGCAAAUUAAAGCGCAGAUUGAAGGCGUGGAUGAGGUCAAUUCCGAUGAGGAAGAAGAGACCACUCCCGACAACACCGAUGAUGAAGCAUCGCGUGCGGCGGAUUCGUCUGGGUCAACGAAGGCCGACGCGAAUGCCAUCUACCAGGUGAUCCUAGAUCUCAAGGAGGAGGGAUACCUAGCAAAGCGCCAGUUAAAUUUGGAACUCGUCGCAUCUACCCUAGUCAGUCGCUUCGAAAUUGAGGACGAUGAAUAUGCGCGUAGUCGCAUUGCAUCGAGCGCUGAAGUCAUCCUGGAGUUGAUGGACGAGGCCAAAACGUCCUCAUUUGACUGGUCCAGGAAAGUCAUUUAUCGCGAGCUGAAGGCCGCUUCCAAGCAACAUGAUGGAGCGUCUCAAGAGGCGUUUACCCCGCUGCGUCCGCGUCUGUUGGAAGAUGAGGCAUCUUCUCCUGAAGACAGCGACCAAGAAGACCUUUCUCGAAAGCGCAAGCGUCGAGUCCUCAAAUCUGUUUUACGGCCGAAGAGUACGGUGGCCACGAAACGAACGGGUAAGCGCACGCGUAAUGCGGCAACAGACACGGACGAGGAGUCCACCACUAAUGCAGACGCUAUGGACGAGUUUGAAACGCCUAGCAAGGUGCGAGGGCACGACCUUGUCCGUGAUCCGCUGUCAACCCGCGCCAAACGUACGACCAGGUCGAUCUUGUCCGACUCGGAGUCUGCAGUGCCUACCAUGCAGAAAACCUCGCGUCAGGACGUCCUUCAAAGUCGGAAUACAUCCGUCUCGGCCGCAGAUAUCGAUUCACUAUCGCAUGAGGAGCCAGAAGUGGAUGGUGCGAACGGCGAGGACGUACAGUCGGAUACUUGGACGUGUCAAGUCCGAGGCUGCGGCAAGAUCGUAUACAAGUGCAGUACUAAACGCGGCAGACAGCUAAUCCAGGACCAUUCACUGGCUCACGCGGAUGACACCAAGGCGAGGCUUGACCUUGUCUUUGCGGAACAGCGACUCAACAUCGGCCUUCCUGUGGACAAUCUUCUCAGCCGUAUCCGAGAAAUGGCAGGCGGUGAUGAGGCUGGUCUUACGAGCAUGGAAGGCGCGCUCAAUGGCGCUUCUGACGCAAUGGGAACGUGACUGGCAAGCAUAGAGCAGUAAACUAAGAUACCCGCAUGAACGAUGACAUGCCCUUCACAGCAUUGAAAUGAGUGUGCCGAUGGUCUAGUCAGCAUCACAUCGCGCGCUACGAGGAAAGCCUAGUUAGGCACCUGCGGCGGGACCAGCAUUUCCUCCUGCAGGACAACAUCCGCGCACCGCGAUUAAGAUAGCACAGUCUUUACUUGCAGAGGCAGGAGAUUCGACAGGACAGACUCAAACACCAUGAUCGACGCUGGAUUGACUCUGUGAGUAUGAUGAUGGGUUUGCUUCCAUAGUAUGACGAUAUGAUACCACAACGAGAUACCACUUUUAGCCCUUCCAACUACGCACCAAAGAAUGAUAAGAUUUAUCAAUGACAUCCAACCGUUACCAUGGAUUAGUUCAAUAUACACAGGUUUCAUAACCUUGGUCGAA